AUGAUUCAUGCAAAUCUCAGUCAACUUCGUGUCACUGUCAACGACCAGACGCUCUUUGACAACCCGCUCAAAUUCCGGUGGGAUGUGAGUCGUGAUACUGAAGGGCAAUACUUCUACGAUUACAACAAAUCCUCCUACCUGCGUGGCUACAAUCUGGUUCAAGACUUUUUCGCACUUCGAAUUUUCCGAAGAGUCUUCGAUGAGGAUGAAAAGCUGGAAAACGAUCAACUGGUUCUCAGUUUAGGUGCCUUGCGAGGUGGUGGAGCCUUGUGGGAUACGAAAGUGCAAAAAGCACUUCAUGAUGGAAGACAGAAGAAGAAGUCGCAGUCCACACCAUUCCACACGCAACUGGCUAACGAAUUGCACAAACCCAGACGAGUGCAUUUCAAAAGACGCAAGGUGAAGAGCAGGUCUGUGGAUCACAUCUGGAGUGCCGAUCUAGUGGAUAUGCAACGGUUUGCCCGAAGCAACAAGAACUACAAAUUCCUGCUGACCGUCAUCGAUCUGUACAGUCGCUAUGCCUGGGCAGUACCCCUGAAAACCAAAACUGGCUCUGCUGUCAGGGAUGCAUUCGACCUGAUCCUGAAAACAUCGAACAGGGUACCACAAAAACUAUGGGUAGACGAAGGCAAGGAGUUCUACAAUGCAACAAUGAAGCAAUGGGUCAAGGAUCACAACAUCAUCAUGUACAGCACCCACAACGAAGGAAAAGCCGUGGUGGUGGAACGCUUCAAUAGAACACUGAAAGGCAGAAUGUGGCGCCAUUUCACGGAGAAAGCUACGACACAGUAUCUUGACGUCCUUCCUCAGCUUAUGGCCAAGUACAACAGCUCGAAACAUCGCAGUAUCGGCAUGAGUCCCACGAAAGCUUCUCUUGAUGGAAAACCAAAAGAUGCAGACGUACACUCGAAGCAAUCACCAGCUAAAUUCAAAGUGGGCGAUGAUGUGCGUUUGGCUGUGGCUAAACGUCAUUUCGAGAAAGGGUACACGCCCAACUGGACAGAGGAAGUGUUCGUGGUAAACGAUGUCCUACCCACUGUACCCCACACCUAUCGUGUUCAAGACCUGAUGGGAGAAGUCAUUCAAGGACAGUUCUAUGGAGCUGAGCUACAACAUGCCAGACACACAGGAUUGAGAUUCGAUAAGGUGUUGAAAUACAACAAGAACAGUCGGCUCGUCAAAUGGAAGGGUUAUCAAGACGAAAAAUUCCAUACCUGGUUAACAAAGAAGGAUGUGAAUGAUCUCAAAAAGUAUUAG